CCCUGUCAGCCCCACAUCCUAAGAACUCUAAUGUGUGGUGGGGGGGAAAGGGUAUUACCCUCCAAGCAUUCCGUUAACGCUGGCUCCAGGUCUCUUUGAAAGGUGUGCCCGGUCAGAUCCCUGUUUUCAUUGGCUGGACCAGUCCUAAAGAGGGGUUCACAAACUAACGCUAGGACACCCCCAGAGGGACUACAGAAGCCACUCACCAGGCGCACCCCUGGAGUGCACAGAAGGCGCCGGCUCAGGGUCCCUCGCGGGGGCUCUUCCCCUCCUCCCACCUUCGGCCGCCAGAGAGGCCGCGCACCCACCGCACCUCCCCCCUCCGCGAAAUGGCGGAGGAUGCGCCCGUGCCCGGAGCCUGGAGGCGGGGCACCUGCCUGGUCUGCAGGUCCCUUCCGGCUCACUCCCAGCCAGUCCGCCCAGAAUCCGCAUCCCCGCCUGGUUUCCCUGCCCUCUCUGGGCGGCAGGGAAGGUCGAAGCGCAGAGACAGCGAGAGGGCGCACAGGCUGAGGAAGAGUGACUGUGCGUGCGGAGGUGCACGGCUUGGGGCUGCGGCUGCCAGGCCGGUACCCGGAUCCCGCACCUCGCCCCUACUCGUGCCCCGCCCGGCCUGCACCCCGCGUCCGGCUCUGGUCUACUAACCCUCGCCCUGGGGACGGGCGGUGCUGAGCGCCGCACCCCGCUGCUGAGCCCCCCAGCCCAAGGAAGCGGCCCUCUCGCCGCAGCCGCAGCAUCCAUCGGCGAUGGCGAAGGCGACGGCCAGCGCCGUGGGGCUGCGGUUGCUGCUUCUGCUGCUGCCCCUGCUCGGGGAAGCCCCGCUGGGACUCUACUUCUCCAGGGACGCUUACUGGGAGAAGCUAUACGUGGACCAGCCGGCCGGCACGCCCCUGCUCUAUGUCCAUGCCCUGCAGGACGUGCCAGAGGAGAUGCCCAGCUUCCGCCUGGGCCAGCACCUCUACAGCGCCUACCACACGCGGCUGCACGAGAACGACUGGGUCCGCAUCCAGGAGGACACGGGGCUUCUCUACCUUAACCAGAGCCUGGACCACAGCUCCUGGGAGAAGCUCAACAUCCGCAACGGCGGCUUCCCGCUGCUUACCAUCUACCUGCGGGUCUUCCUGUCACCCACAUCCCUUCGUGAGGGCGAGUGCCAGUGGCCAGGCUGUGCCCGAGUGUACUUCUCCAUCAUCAACGCCUCCUUCCCGGCUUGUGGUGCCCUCAAGCCCCGGGAGCUCUGCUUCCCCGAGUCAGGCCUGUCCUUCCGCAUCCGGGAGAACAGGCCCCCUGGCACCUUCCACCAGUUCCGCCUGCUGCCCGUGCAGUUCCUCUGCCCCAACGUCAGCGUGGCCUACAGGCUCCUGGGAGGUGAGAGUCUGCCUUUCCGCUGCGAUCCGGACAGCCUGGAGGUGAGCACGCGCUGGGCCCUGGACCGUGAGCAGCGGGAGAAGUAUGAGCUGGUGGCCGCGUGCACGGUUCACAUGGGCAUGCGCGAGGAGGAGGUGAUGGUGCCCUUCCCUGUGACCGUGUAUGACGAGGACGACUCUGCGCCCACCUUCUUCGGGGGCGUCGACAGUGCCAGCGCAGUGGUGGAGUUCAAGCGGAAGGAGGGCACAGUGGUAGCCACGUUACGUGUCUUCGAUGCAGACGUGGUGCCAGCCUCCGGGGAGCUCCUGAGACGGUACACGAACACGCUGCUCUCUGGGGAUGCCAAGGCCCUCCAGACCUUCCGAGUGGAGCACAUGCCCAAUGAGACCUUGGCCCAGGCCAACGGCAGCUUUGUGCGGGCAACCGUGCAUGACUACAGGCUGGUUCUCAACUGGAGCCUCCCCAUCUCGGAGAGCUGGGCUGUGCAGCUGGCCGUGCUGGUCAAUGACUCAGACUUCCAGGGCCCGGGGGAGGGUGUCGUCCUCCUCCACUUCAAUGUGUCCAUGCUGCCCGUCAGCCUGCGCCUGCCCAGUGCCUACUCCUUCUCGGUGAGCCGGCGGGCCCACCGCUUUGCCCAGAUCGGGAAAGUCUGCGUGGAAAACUGCCAGGAGUUCAGCGGCAUCCAAGUGCAGUACAGGCUGCAGCCCUCCAGCGCCAACUGCAGCGCCCUGGGGAUGGUCACCUCGGCGGAGGACACCUUGGGGACCCUGUUCGUGAAUGACACGGAGGCCUUGCAGCGGCCCGAGUGUUCCCAGCUCCAGUACACAGUGGUGGCUGCCGAGAAGCCAACCCGCCAGCAAGCGCAGGCCCUGCUGCUCGUUACCGUGGAAGGGAAGUACGUGCCUGAGGAGCCUGGCUGCCCCCUGUCCUGCGCGGUCAGCAAGAGGCAGCCCGAAUGUGAGGAAUGCGGUGGCCUGGGCUCUCUGACGGGCAGGUGCGAGUGGAGACAGGGAGAUGGCAAAGGGAUAACCAGGAACUUCUCCACCUGCUCCCCCAGCAUCAGGACCUGCCCCGAUGGCCACUGUGAUGCCGUGGAGAGCAGAGACCCCAACAUCUGCCCCCAGGACUGCCUCCGGGGCGGCAGCAUCAUUGGUGGGCACAAACCUGGGGAGCGCCGAGGGAUUAAAGCUGGCUUCGGUAUCUGCAACUGCUUCCCUGAGGAGAAGAAGUGCUUCUGUGAGCCGGAGGAUAGCCAAGACACCCUGCGUGAUGACCUCUGCUGCACAGUGAUCACGGCAGCUGUGGUCUUCUCCAUCGUAUCUGUGCUGCUGUCUGUGCUGCUGUCCACCUUCUGCAUCCACCGCUACCGCAAGAAUGCCCACAAGCCGCCCAUUGCCUCGGCUGAGAUGACCUUCCGUCGACCCGCCCAAGCUUUCCCGGUCAGCUACUCCUCAUCUGGUGCCUGCCGGCCCUCUCUGGACUCCAUGGAGAACCAGGUCUCAGUGGACACCUUCAAGAUCCCAGAGGAUCCCAAGUGGGAAUUCCCACGGAAGAACUUGGUGCUUGGACAAACUCUGGGAGAAGGUGAAUUUGGAAAAGUGGUCAAGGCCACAGCCUUUCGGCUGAAAGGCAAAGCAGGGUACACGACUGUGGCUGUGAAGAUGCUGAAAGAGAAUGCCUCCCCAAGCGAGCUGUGGGACCUGCUAUCAGAGUUCAACCUCCUGAAGCAGGUCAACCACCCACAAGUCAUCAAGCUGUACGGGGCCUGCAGCCAGGAUGGGCCACUGCUCCUCAUCUUGGAGUAUGCCAAGUACGGCUCCCUGCGGGGCUUCCUCCGAGAGAGCCGCAAGGCGGGACCUGGCUACGUGGGCAGCGGGGGCAGCCGCAACUCCAGUUACCUGGACAACCUGGAGGAGCAGGCCCUGACCAUGGGCGACCUUGUCUCCUUUGCCUGGCAGAUUUCACAAGGGAUGCAGUACCUGGCUGAGAUGAAGCUUGUCCAUCGGGACUUGGCAGCCAGAAACGUCCUGGUAGCCGAGGGCCACAGGAUGAAAAUCUCAGAUUUUGGUCUGUCCCGAGAUGUUUAUGAAGAGGAUUCCUACGUGAAGAGGAGCGAGGGUCGGAUCCCAGUCAAGUGGAUGGCCAUUGAGUCCCACUUUGAUCAUAUCGACACCACCCAGAGUGAUGUGUGGUCCUUUGGUGUCCUGCUGUGGGAGAUUGUGACCCUGGGCGGCAACCCCUACCCUGGGAUUCCUCCAGAGCGGCUCUUCAACCUUCUGAAGACAGGCUAUCGGAUGGAGAGGCCAGACAACUGCAGCGAGGAGAUGUACAGUCUAAUGCUGCAGUGCUGGAAGCGGGAACCAGACAAGAGGCCAGUGUUUGCCGACAUCAGCAAAGACCUAGAUAAGAUGAUGGUUAAGAGCAGAGACUACUUGGACCUGGCCGUGUCCACCCCAUCUGACUCACUGCUGUAUGAUGAUGGCCUGUCAGAGGAGGAGACACCCCUGGGGGACUGUAAUAAUGUUCCCCUCCCUCGCACCCUCCCCUCCACGUGGAUUGAAAACAAACUCUAUGGCAUGUCAGACCCGAACUGGCCUGAAGAGAGUCCUGUACCACCCACAAGAGCCGCUGGCACCAACACUGGUGUCCCGAGAUAUGCAAAUGAUAGUGUAUAUGCUAACUGGAUGGUUUCACCCUCAGCGGCACAAUUAAUGGACGCGUUUGAUAGUUAACAUUUCUUUGUGAAAAGUAAUGGACUUUGGAGGGGAAGAAACAUGCUGAGAACAGAUCUGCCGGCCCCUAUUUGCACAUUUCACACUGGCUGGCGGUCUUGCCACCCAGCAGAUGUAGCACACUGGACGGUGUAGGUGUUCCUUCUUCAGCCCUCCGCAGCACCCAACCGGUGCAUCCGUGAGCACCACGCACUCCGCGCUCACACGUAUCGGUCCCUCACUCACUACCUGAACUGUUUGACUUUUUUCUGGUUGCCUCCAAACAAGGUCACAUGAUUUAAACAUGUCCUUGUUCAAAACAAGAGCCCGGCCAGGCUGCAUAGGGAUGUCAAAGCCCGACCAAGGCUGGAGGGGAAGAGGGGACUUCUGGACAGGCCUCACCGCAACCUUCAAUACCCUGUUUUGUUUCUUUUUAAAUCAUGUAACCUCUUCUUAGGAAGACAUUUGAUUCUUAUUAUGAUUAAAAUGAUCCUUAGGUUUAGCACAAUGGAGAGACGUGAUGCCACAUUUGGUAUGUAGGUAGGUGGUGUGAGGGGAGGGGGCUUCUAGGAUACAUCUGUCCACCUGGCUGAGAGAUCACACCCCUGUGAUGAGAAGUGUAUGGAGGAGGGGGCCUUGGAGUGGAGUGGACUCAUAUCCAAGUAUUGCUGACCACAGAGACUUGGCUGCCGUGAACUCCCCAGCCUACCCCACCACAGCCUUCAGUACCCACCCAUCCAGUGCCCCAAAGUGGCAGGGGCUCAUCUCACACAUUCAUGGUUGGGACUUGUGCUCAGUCUCAGCUAGUUAGGUUAGAAGUAGUGUCAACAAAUGACCAAGGACUGUGACACCUCUGAUGACAGUUCUGAUGGGGAAACGACAGGGUUUUGGCUCUUACAGAGCUUGUGUGAAAAGGUACAUGUGUCCACUCUUGCUGUGUCUGUAACGUAAUGCUGCUAUGGCCAGACAUUUUUGUUCUUAGGUUCUGACCAUGACUCAUAAGCUUCUUGUCAUUCUUCACUGCUUGUUUGUGGUCACAGACACUCAGCACUCCUCCCAUCCUGUGGGGGUGGCUUUCGGGAAGUCCUGGUGGCUCUUCUUUCUGUCCCAAUGCUGUCACUUUGCAGGAGAGGGUCAGUUACCAAAAUACUGCCUGGUCUUCAUACUUAAAGCACUGUGAAAGAACCUAACGAUGUCUCAUGAGAAUGCUGGCUUUUAUAGCUAUUUCACCAAAGUGGUAAAGUGGUAAAAAUUAUGGCAUUUUUGUGGCCAAGAAGAAUUGGAUGAGUUUUGUGGAAGAGCUCUGUGUGUGUGUGUGUGUGCAUGCGCAUCUGUGUGUGCACGCACAUGUGUGUGUACACACCCAGGGAGAGCACUGGAAAAACACUUAACUGCAGAUGUAACAUGGCUUUAGUUUGGGCCAUUGUUCAGACGCACUGUGAUAAGUUCUUUUACAGAUAUCUAGUCAUGGUAGUAAACUUGUGGGUUUCAGAUGUACUUGAUGAUAGUCUUGUUAAAUGCAGAAGUAGGGAGAAACUUUCUCAAGUUAUUAAAAAUGCCUACUCAGUGUGAGAGGCUGUAGCAGAUUUGUCCUCAGCAGGGGGAGAACUCCAAGUCUAACUGGCUGACCCAGUGCUGGGGAGUUAACCCUUGACUCAUAACCUAAUUGUCUGUUCCUGAGUUAUCCAGGUACUCAUACUUGUUAGUCUAUCAGACAAUUUUCAUAUGCAUAUACACAGAAGUUACUAAGUAUUUAAGUAUUACUGAGUAUUACUGUUUUAAAAUUUGUUAAAUCUGUUUAUGAAAGGUUAUUAAAUCAUACUGUGUCAAUUUGCUUUUGUAGUCAAGGUGACUAAGAAAAUCAUUUCAGUUAUGUAAAUAAAAUCAUGUAUCAUACAA